GUUGAAGUAAGCAGGCUUCUAGCUCACUUUCAAAUAGGCGCAGAGGUUGAAAUUUUGUCUACUGAUGACGAAAUAUGGUAUCCAGGAAAGGUUGUUGAUCUUAAACUGUGUGAAGGACUAGAGGAGCUGACAGUUGAGUACACGACACUCUUCACAGACCAACAUAGACUUCAGAAACUUCAGGAUACUAUCACGGCUGACAAAAUACGUCCUGCAACACCAACUAGUGACCAAAAAUCCUUUGAGAUGAUGGAUAAGGUAGAAGCCUUCUACAACAAUGGCUGGAGCAGCGGACAAAUUAGCAUGGUACUUGGUGAUAACACAUACUCGGUGUGUCUCUAUACUUCUAUGGAAACUAUUCUAUUCAAACAUUCAGAUUUGCGAAUUCAUAGAGAAUGGAAAGAUGGAGUCUGGAAGAUGGCAGAUAAGGUGAAGCCUGAUAAGAAAAGGAAAGCUGCUGCCUCAUCACAAAAUUCAGGAAUGGAUAAUGUUUUCCUAAGAAGGAGCGAGAGGGUGCCUAAACGAUCUAGAGACACAAAAACUCCAUUCAAGUCUGACAGAAAUCCGGCUUUAACUGUAAUACCUGAGAUUAUACCUGCAGUUGAUCCGUUUUCAACUCCUGCGGAACAUAAGCUUUCAAGGCUUCAAAAUUGGAUGACAUUAAAGCCCGGCAUGCAUGAAACGUCCCUAUCAAUCAAUGAUAAUAAGAUAAGGAAAUCUUUCUUUCAAAGCAUGGAAAAUGCAAAAAAGGACCUUAAGAAAGAGCACAUUGAUGGAGCCUUUGCAAUGCUAAAUUGCAGAAGAAAUGAGAAUGCUGCUUGGUUCCACAACUACAAGAUUCCAAAGGCGUGCUUCCUACCUAUGGAGUUCUUGCAUUGCUUGCUCUCUGAUGAUUUGGCUUACAAGAAAGAAAAGGUCAAAGGUAAAAAGAUUUUCAACGAUUUAUUUAAAGAUACUGUGAGAGGGAAGGUAUAUCCAGAGAAGACAUGGGGAGAAGAUGUUGAUGUUGUGUAUGGGAUUACUCUUGGAAAAAAAAGCAAUGUCUGGAUUGGGAUGGAAAUUCAUUUGAAGAAGAAAAGAAUCACAGUAUAUGAUUGUUUUCAAAAGGAAAGCAACAGCAUUGAUAUUCCUCAAGUGAAAAAGUUGGCAGUGUUGAUUUCUAAUCUGCUGGUGGAAUCUUCUGGUGAUGAGGUAGAUAAGGUGAAGAUGAUUCCAUUUGAGAUUGAGCAGGCACAAGGUUUACCCAAGACAAAACAUCCUUUCAACUGUGGGAUAUUUCUUGUCAAGAUUCUGGAGUGCCAGUCAUUGAAGAUAGGAGACAUGACAAAGAUUAAUGAUGACAAUGCAUUGGAGCUAAGGAGAACCUUGUCUUGUGAGAUCUUCAACCAAUUUGUGGAUGAGAGCUUUGGGAAAUGAGAAUGAUGCAUGAAAACAUUUUUUGUUUUAGUUAAGACUCGGUUUUAGUUAUGACUGUUUAUUUUGUUAUGUUGUUGGCGUCUGGUUACAUAAGAAAGAUUGGAAGGAUAUCAAGUAUUUUAUUUGGGUAUCAUAUAUCUUGGAAGGUUAAAAUA